AUGGGUAGUGCUUCUUCUACUCCUAUUUCUCCUGAAGCUAGUCAUAGUAAUAGAGACGAUACUGGCAAUACUUAUACUAUUGAAUGUCGUAUUUGCAUAAAUAGAAAUUCUAAAUCCAAUUUUCAAAAAAUUACUGAUAAAUGCACUCAUAAAAAUAACAUUUGUGUUACUUGUGUCGAUAAACAUAUUAGUUCAAGAAUGAAGGAUAAAGGUGAUAUUGUAAUUAAUUGUCCACAUCUUGGAUGUAGAAAUGAACUUGAAUUUAAUGAUAUCAAACGAAUAGCUACCGAGAAAGUUUUUGAAAGAUAUGAUACUUUAACACUUCGAAAAGUUCUUCAGGGCAUGCCAGAAUUUAAAUGGUGUAAAAAUUCGAGUUGUGGAUCUGGUCAAAUUCAUUUUGAAGGAGACGAUGCACCAAUAAUGACUUGUAAUGUCUGUAAAGCAAAAUCAUGUUAUACUCAUGAUGUACCAUGGCAUGAAGGUAAAACAUGUGAAGAAUAUGAAAAAUUUCGAAAAGGAGUUGAUGCUUCAACCACCGAUUAUUUACAACGAGAAACUAAACCAUGUCCAAAAUGUGGAAUAAAAAUUGCAAAAAAAGGUGGAUGUAACCAUAUGACUUGUACUAUUUCAAGUUGUAAAUAUGAAUUUUGUUGGUUGUAA